AGUCCUUGAAUUAUAUACUUUCAUAGCGAAUGUCAGAUGGCACUGUAGUUGCUAUAAAGUUUGUUUACUUCGUUCCCGUAAUACUUAGUUCGUAGCAGCUCGUAGUAUUUCAGUAAAGUUUAACCACCAAUGGGUAGAAGAUAUUAUUGCGAGUAUUGUGACAGAUCCUUUAAGGAUGACCCAGAAGCCAGAAAAAAACAUCUUUCGAGUUUACAACAUACAAAAAAUCGCGCAGAUCAUUAUAAUAUGUUCAAAGAUCCAGAAGCUAUAUUAAAAGAAGAAAGCGCAAAGAUACCAUGCAAAUGGUAUUUAAGUGGUGGUGAUUGCGCAUUUGGCCUUGGUUGCAGAUAUUCCCACUAUACUCCUCCUAUGAUAUGGGAACUUCAACGACUGGUUGCUAUGAAAUAUCAAUCAAAACUGAAUGUGACGCUUCAAAAUGGUUGGCCAAAUACUGAUGAUAUAAUCAAAGAAUAUUUUGAGAAUCCUACAAGUACAAGCGAUGCAGAUGAUUUUAUUUAUCCUGUUUGGCCUAGACCGUUGGAAUUACAGAAUUGUUCUAUGUUGCCACCAUCAUUAUGGCCUAUCACACCAGAAAGCUUAGCAAAUACCAAAACUUUCAAGGAAUGGAGUUAAAAACAUAAGAAGUAUAGGAUUCUUUCUUAAAUUGAAUUAAAUUAUAGUUUGAUUGCAAUCUCAACUUGAUACAUGUAAAUAAUUCAAAAUGUACUUCUUUUUCAAAGGAUCGGAUAUAUCGUAAAUAAAUUGAUAUAAAUA